CCACCUCACGUCAAUUCCCAUUUUAUCAUCAACAUUUCAAUGUUUUUAUGCUUUUGUUUUUUUACAUUAAUUGUUCUCUAUUUCUCUUCCCGCCGCAGCUCAUCUCUCUUUUCAUUUUUGCUUCAUCUUUCUUGAAUUUCUUCACCAUUUAUGCCAAACUUAGAGCUAUCUUCAAUUCUAAUAAUUUGUGACCGCUAUAGAUAUAGACGAUGCGUAUUAAUUGGAGUUUUAUUUAUUAAUCGGCUUUGAAUUGAAGGCACAUUUAUUCAUUAUUUCUUCAAACUCAUAAAAUUAAAGAUUUAAUUAAUGUCAAGAGUUCUUAUAGAAUAUUUCACGCGUUAAAAUUAAUCUGGUCAGCUUGUACUAUGUAUAAUAUUUAAUUUAUUUAACUCUUUUUUGUGCUUGCUUGAUAUGUUUAAUGAAAAUCCAGUUCUUAUGCAUUCAGGUAUUUUCCAAAGCCUUCAGAGGCAAUAUUGUCAAUGAAUUAGGCUGAUUCCCAAAAGCUUUUAUUAAAAAAUAUAUUUAUUUUCAUUAUAUAAUUAACCCUAGUUAAUUCAAUCUGUGUUACACACAUGGGUUAGAAGCCCCACGUUUGCGUCCUCCGGAUUGAACUUCUCCUCCUAUAAAUUCUCUUCAUCAUGGCGUGUGUUCUCCACACUCUUCCCCUUCUACUUCCUUCCGCAUUCAGAGCUUCUUCUCCUCAUUUUCAGCCAUAGUUUUCGUCAAUGGCAACCAACUUGAACGACCCCAAGUUCACUGUCCCUGAAAAUGAUGUCGAGCAACAAACAGCUCUCGAGCUCGAACACAAUGAUGAUGAAUUCGACUAUUCAAAACGAUCUCAAUGGCUUCGAGCUGCUGUGCUAGGCGCCACCGAUGGCCUUGUUUCCAUCGGAUCAUUAAUGAUGGGAGUCGGUGCUGUGAAACAAGACGUUAAAACCAUGAUUCUCACAGGUUUCGCCGGGUUAGUCGCUGGCGCCUGCAGCAUGGCGAUAGGCGAAUACGUGUCCGUUUACUCACAGUUGGACAUCGAGUUGGCUCAGAUAAAGAGAGACAACGAAAGAGGGAAUCAAAAUGGAGUACUCCAAACCCCACAACAAGACAAAGAAGACAAAGAGAGUUUGCCAAACCCUUUACAGGCGUCUGCGGCCUCAGCUCUCGCGUUUGCUUUAGGUGCAGCGGUACCACUGCUGGCUGCAGCAUUUAUUAAAUAUGACAAGGCAAGGUUGGGCGUGGUGGCGGCGGCGGUGAGCGUGGCGCUGGCGGUGUUCGGGUGGCUAGGGGCUGUUCUGGGAAAGGCACCGGUGGUUCAGUCUUCAGCUAGGGUUUUUAUUGGAGGGUUGCUAGCCAUGGCUAUAACCUUUGGUUUAACAAAGUUGAUUGGCUCACAGGGGCUGUGAAUCAAUCAAUCUCCUCUUAGAUUAAUUGAUGGUUUUAUUUUUCACACUACAUGUUAUUAUGCUGUCACAAAACUAGGUUCCUUUUCUCUAUUUUCCUCCAAAUUUGUUAGUGGCAAAUUUGGAGGGACAUAUAAUAUUAUGUAGUCAUGGGGUGAGAAUAUAUAUGAAAAAUAUAAAUCUAUUAAUGUAACCAAACUUAUUAUAUCAUGUCUCAAUUAAAAGGGAUUUAAUAAUAAGUUUAUGGCAAACAAUUAGGAAUUUA